GUAGUUAAAACAUAGAAACACAGAGUUGGGUCAGUGUGACAGGAGCAAAUAUUGGAGUGUUAUAUUUACCAAAUAUUGUACUUAUGUAAUUCUGCCAAUUGCACAUAACAUUUUAAACAUAUUUUAAAUGUAAUCUGAGUCAUUUAUAUAUGGGCCACACACACUCCUAGUCCCAGUGUAUUGUUCAGUUAUCUAUCUUAGCUCAUAUUAUUCAGUAACUACUUUGAUUUAUUCGGAAACUACAAUGAAGCUAACGGGAAAGGUAAGUAGUUACGAAAGUGAGGAAUGUACUUCGUGACCUGACAAUGGGCACUGGCAGUGUAAAUAGUUAAAUUGCGUAGGAGAUAAAAUUGUGAUUUUUAACUCCUAUUUCUUGGGAACUCUUUCCUUACUUGGGCACAAAGAUACACGCUCCUAUGUAAACACCCACAAACACAUACACACACUCUUCUGUGAUGUGUUUUCUCCUCCAUGUAACUGGGAUUAGCAGUGAGCAAAGAUUAAGCAAAUUAAUGGUGAAGCCAUUGCCCAAAAUAACUCUCAGUCUCCAUCGACCAGCUGCACUCCACCGACCAACAUGAGAGAGCAGUUAAACACCUUUCAGCUCAAUAUGGGAAACUUGGCCACAUUUACAGUGAGAUUAUGAAUGACACUUCAGCAUUGCAGAAGGCUGCACUACAGGAACAGUCUCCUGGCACUGGUCAUACCUUGGUACCAUCACGCCAGCCAUACAUGAGUGAGCCUUUUGCCUCAAGGCGUGUGUGUUUCUAUAAAAGCGGAGAUGCCCAGUUUAGUGGUUUGCCUGUGGUCAUCAACAACCGCACCUUCAAGACCUUUGAGGCAUUGUUAGACAACCUGUCCAAGCGUGUUCCACUGCCGUUUGGAGUCCGCACUAUUACAACACCACGUGGCCAGACAGCAGUCCGUUCUCUUGCUCAGCUUCACCACGGCCAUUCGUACAUCUGCUCGGAUAAACGCACUGUCAAGCCCAUCGACUUGGAGCAAGCACGGCGCAAACCACCACCAUGGUACCAUGCCAGCCCUGUCAGCAACAGGCGCCUGAGAGAGAGACGGAGUCCUGGCCCACGCAAUACAAGAAGAAAAGAGCAUGCUGCCUUACUGCACACCCCAAAGCGGCUGGUGGUUUUCCGCAAUGGAGAUCCAGAAGUCAAGCAUACAUUUUUGCUGCAGAAGAGGACCACACAUUCGUUUGAGGCACUGCUUGAUCAUAUAUCUGAAGUCAUGUGCUUCCCUGUGCGCAGGUUACACACACCAGAUGGAAGGAGGGUGGAUGGACUUCCUGCUCUGAUCUUGUGUUUGGGUGUAUUGGUAGCUGCUGGUCGUGAGCCUUUCAGAAAAGGAAACUAUGAUGUUCAAAAGCCCUUUGCUCCAACUUGGCUGCCAGCAAAAAGUGUAGGAAGGCUGCAUCCUGUGACCAGAAAAAAGAAAUCUGUGACUAGCAGCACCAAAUCUCGGCCUUUCUCACCAUCUUCAGAGCGUUACAUUGUAAAUCAGUUACACAACGGUUUUGCAGAAAGUGCAUAUGACCCCACUGGUUCUGUAGAAAUGGAGACUGGUCAACUACUGGAUUCUGUUGCAGGGACGGAUACAGUCACCUGCAUGGAUGGUGACACUAAUGAAUACAUUUGCAUGCCCACUGAUGAUGACAUUGAGAAAUCUUUUCGAGUCAAUCAAGAUGGCAGCAUGACUGUAGAGAUGAAGGUGCGCUUGACUAUUAAAGAGGAGGAAACUGUUCAUUGGACAACGACACUCAGUCGGCAAAGUGUUACAAGUCAAAUGAAAUGUGGCUUGGAUUCAUAUUCUGAUCUGGGUGUAGCUUUAGCUGACAAGAUUGCCUCUGAUGUUGACACUGAUGCCUCAGCAAUCCAAAGGUGUCCUGAAGAAUAUAGCAAUGUCUCUACUAAUGAAUGUCUUCAGGCACUGUAUAAAGAGAUGAUGGAAGGUAGGGCAGAGGAAAGCAUCAGAAUAAAAGAGACCCUGCAGCCACUUCAAGAACAAAAACAAAUAUCUGUUGAAACCGAGAGCCAUGAUACUGUGCAAAGAUUGGACACCUCUAGGGAAAAGGCAAGCAGUGAGCAGGAGCACCACCUGGUAAGGCAGUGCAAUAAACGCCCAGUACCUAAACCUCGUAGCACAGGCACCUCACAAUUGCAGGCUAGUUCGUAUAAAUCUGCAGAGAAUCUGCAAAUACAGGACAGUGGGCAGGAGACAGUGCUUCACAUCUAUGAGCAGCAGAUUUGUCAGAAGAGUUUCCUUGCCAAUACACAAUUCUAUGAUCAGGGGAUAUGCACAUGCGAUACUGUACUUUCUGCACCCCUUGACAUGGUUCCCUCUUCUAGUAAAGACUUUGAUUCUGAGCCCAGACCCGCCACUGUUUAUAGGUCUCUCCAAAGACAGGAAACAUUCUUCCCUUCACUGGCGCUCCAAACAUCAUGUGAACAAAAUAACCCUCCAGAGAUCAAAAACAAAAAGUCAAAAAUGCAUACUCCUCUAACUGAAUCUUUUAAAACAUCAGCUCCUAGAAUGAUCUCAAUAGCAGAUACUAGCAAGAAAAGAAAGAAAGUAAGAGUUAUUGUGAAAAAGAGUCAUAUUUUCCAUAUUGCCAAUCAUGAAUAUAGGAGAAACGAUAACAAAAUUGACAUUCUGAAAGAGAUAAAGAAAAUAAGAGCUGCUAUCUUUAACCAAGCUGGAGUUUUGCGAGGUGUGACUGAACAGUACAGAGCCAAAUCUGUCAAGAAAUUAUUAAAAGGUAAAAGAACAAAUCUACCUAUUAGUCAUAAAAGUGUUUCUUCCACAUUACACAAGACUUUUCACAUGCAAAUUCAAAGUCCAAAUGAAUUUUCCGCAAAAGACCACUGUACCAAUGACAAGAAUCCUGCCACAGCAGACAUAUACCAGGGGAAACUAAGUGAAAGUUUUACCUCACAGAAUAAACAUUUACUUAAUGUGUCAACCAAUAAAUGUACCCUAACACGGCAAACAUCAAUGCAAGAAGAGCAAGAGACAGAGGAGCAAGAGACACAAGAGUUUAAAGAAAGCAACUCCAUUCCUACCGUGCAUUACUCUUCCCCAGUCUUAAAUGAACAUGUAGAACUCUGGCUACAGAAGAGUGAAACAGAACCACCUCCUGACCAGGAACAGGUGCCACCACCUAAGUCUUCACAGGAGUUAAAGAUAACUUGUGAGACUCCAGGUGCUAGACUGGCAUCAAAGAAGAAUUUAACACCUCCUAUUCCACUAGAUAGUAGUCCCAGAAACAUGCCAAACUUGUCAAGGAAAGAGCAGUUCAGUUCCUCCUCAAAAAGAAUCAUAUUGCCCAGAGGUUCUGCCCAAGAAAGUUCAUCCCUAUCCCAAAUCAACACACUGAAAGGAGACACAAAGUCAUCACAAAGUAACAGUUCAGUGAACAUGCCUCUACCAAUGACUCUCCCUCUGAGAAAUAAUCACUGGAAAAGAAUGUCUUCAGAAGAUAAUUCAUCACCUAAUGAAAAUUCAUUUAGCAAAAGUGCCCAUAAUGUUUCACAAGAAAACACGCAAUUGUCAAGAAAUAUGUCUUUAAAUGAUGCACAAAUGACUAGUUAUACUAUUAUAGAUAAUAAUUUAGCCACAUGUGAAAACUUAUCUUCAAAACAAGAAAUAAAGCAACUUCCCCACUAUGUGAAAAAAGAUAAUAACACAGAUGAGUCCUUGGGUAACGCAUUCGGAUGUGCAAACAACCAUGUGAAACCAACAUCUCUAACUAGAGAUCCUUCUUCAGAAAAGACUCUGUCCAGCCAACACUCCAUAGACCAAAUACCCAAAAACAACACUUUGUCGAAGGCAUCACUAUUCAGCAAUCAACGUGUGGAGAAAACAGGCCUUUCUAUGAAUGCAACAUUUUACAAAAAGCCUGGACAUUCAGGUAUGAUCAAAGUAUCUAAAUCUACAAUCACACAGGGAUUAGUAGGGUCAUGUGAAAAUGAUAAAUGUAGAUCUUUAAGUCCACUUUCAGAGAAAGAAAUGCCAGUUUUCCCAACAGAAAAAUCAUACACAGUCAAAAUGGCAGUAAGGCCUGAUAUGAGGCACAUUCUAGAUGAGCUCUGCCAUUCCAUUAAUUCACUCCGUGAAGCAGCACAGCACAAGCAGCGGUCCUGUUUGGAGAAAUCCAAUAGCAUGCCGGACUUUUCCUCACACUUGGCCUCUACUUUUGGUUCCUCAUCACGAGUGCUCCUAGCAUUCCUUUCAGUCAUGACUUUGAGGGAUGGUCUCAAGAACCUGAAUGCGUUCUGCCAAGGAGAGAACAGUCUGAGUUGCUCAGAGGCUUUGCUUAUGCUUCAGUCUCUUAAGGAGGUGGCAGCUAUUGAGGAUGCAGAGCAGCUGAGAGCCAGCUUAAAUGCUCUGCAGAAAUCAGCAUCUAAUCAAUUGCUGCAGAGCUGGAAAGGUUUCCAACAACUGAGCAAUACAUCCAUUAGUUCCAGUAUCACACCAGAGUGGGGUGGUUCUUACAGUGUGUCAAGCUCUGAGGAGGAGGUAAUUCAAGGGCUCAUGGAAGAACUAGGUGUUCCAGACAGAGUUAGAGAAGAGUUGGCAGCUCUCCACACCCAAGAAAAGGAGAGCGUCAGAGGCAAUCAGGGUGAGAGAUUAGAAGAGCUGUGUGAGUCACUCCCUGAGAAAAAGGUAAAUAGAUAUACAGAAUCAGGGUUAAGGGAAGAAACAAUCAGGUUUCCUGACCGUGUGUUUGAAGAUAUAAACACAUAUGUUAAAUUUGUCCUUGAAAAAGCAGUUUAUGCACACAGCAAUUCAGAGGUAUUUAUGGCAAAUUCAUUGCUUGGCACUGAAAAAGAAAUCAAAGUGGUAACUCAUGAACAGGAAAGAAAUUCCUGUCCCACAGAGAGAAUACAACAGGCUGACUACGUACUACGCUCUAACAUCUGUGAAAACAUCUUGGAAGAAGAGCAACAAAGAACUGAGGAGAAAGAUAUAAGACAUAAAGGGAAACAGGAAAUAUAUUCAAAGCAGGAAAUAAAUAUGAAAGAGAUCAAAGACAGAGCAGUGUGUGAACAGAGUAGAGUGACCCAAGGAAGAAUUAUAUCUAAGGAUGACAGUGUAGAGGAAGAUUACAUUAUGGAGACUGAUCCUAAAUAUUCUCCGCCACUAAACAGCAAUGAAGAACUGGAGGAAUCGAAAGACCUGAUGGAUGCAAGUGAAAUGGAUAAUGGUAGAAUUACUGAAGUGGACCACAAAUCAUCAGAGUCAAGUAAGAGUAAAGAAGGCCUGACCACCUCUGAAGAGGCGAAAUCCAGCUUAGAAGAAGAUAGCUGUGAAGAAGAACAUAUGAACUUUUCUGAAGAUCAGGUCAGUGAUAAAGAACAUCUUCAAAUAAAUCUGGCAAGUGGUUUACAACAGAAAUAUUCCAUGAUUGAGCCCCAAGCAAAAUGGCAAAGUGAAGGAAUGGUGAGUCAAGCACACAUGCAGUUAUCCAGUAAAACAGAGAGUGUGAAGAACAACACUGGACAACCUGAAAUGCAAACUACUUUGCUUGCUGUUUGUCUAGAACAUGAGACAGGACAGCAAACAGAGAAGAUUUAUUCUGAGGAGCAGCAGGUGGUUGUGGAGGUACCAGAAUGCUACACAGUUCAACAAGAAAAUAUUGAUAAUCAAAAGGAAUGUAGCCCCAAAGAGGCUGUAGUGUGUGAGAUUAAGACAGCACAGGCUAAAAAUAAGCAUAGUUCAAUAGCAGAGCUCAUCAGUAACCUGGAAACAUGUGCACAAAGGCCUAGCAGUAAACCUGGGAAGUCUGUGCACAGAUUUGUGGAUCAUACUGAGGUAUCAGACCCAGGUAACGUAAAUAAUAUUUCUUUAACAGGUAAGCUCACAGACACAACCUCACAAUCCCACUCAUCUUCGUUAGCAUUUAGCUAUGAUUCCCAAAGCAGCUCUUUAGCACAAGAGUCAGAAAGAAGCGUUCAGGCUACCAGAGUGAAGUUCAUCAGGGAUAUGUUUCUUGCUAAGAGCCAAACUAGAACCCAGAAUGGGCAGAGACAUGUACAUAGUCCAAAUUCUGAUCUGUCUGAUUCCCAGCAAGAAUCCACAGACAGUGGGGGAAACUGGUCACAAGAGACAUCCAGUGGGGAGGAUGACGCAAGUCGGUUAGCCAUUGCCAAGGGUUUUGUCAGGAGAACCAUUGAGAGGCUCUAUGGAAGAGGUAAUUCAAGUAGUGUAGGUGCAGAUAAUAUAAGAUCCCCAUCUGCCUUGAAUGCCAAGCAAAGAGAAGGUCCUGGAAGAGCCAAUGUAUCUAGUCUGGCCUCCUACCAUGAAGCUCGCACUCGAGUAAUGACUGACUUAUCAUACUUCAGUGCCACAAAUGCAUCUGAUAUCUUUAAUGCGCCAACUGAUUGCAUCACCCUGAAUGAACAGGUGGGAUCUGGAGAUGCUAAUCUUAGUGACACAGGGAACUGGUCACUUGCAGAGAAACAAAUUUGUGAAUCCUCUCCAGAACUCCAGGAAGGGCACCGAAAAGGGAAAAACAACAAAACCAUAUCAGUUGACCGUGAGCAACAUUCUGGGCAGGAAGACUCUCUUCAUGGGACUCUGCCUUCCACUAAGCUCGAGAAGUGGCCUGGGUCAUCAGGAUCAAAGUUUACUUAUUUCAACCUUCCAAAUGCAAGUGACUCAGAUCUGGAACCAGAAGAAAAAAGGGAAGUUAAAGUGGCCCCUGCAACACAGAUACAUAAAACCAUGGCUGAAAGAAACAGCUUUCUACCUGCCUUCAGCCCACCAGUCUUAAAGAAAGCAGAUAAUAAGGUGCACCCACUGACAGAAGCUACAAUACCUACUGUGGUUACCCAGCCAGUCAAAGGACAGACCGCACAAAUAGGUGUAAUAAAGCAAUCUGCAGAACCUGAUGCCCUUGACGCACUGUUUGUAUUUUGUGGGCAACACUGCCCCAUACUGUAAACUAUAUAUUUAGCAAUCCACAUUGCUGCAGUAGUAAUACUCGAAUAUAUAACAAACUCCAAUAUUCAUGAUGACCUAAGCUGCCUUACGUUCCUUGUUAGCAUAAUGGUUUUUGAAAGGCAACAGUUCCUGGAGGUGCUGAAAAUGAUCAUGUGCACCACCUUGAUUUAUGAAGCACAUCUGUUGGUUACUGAUUAGCACUUAAGGUGACAGAACAUGAAUAAUUUAGUGCCUAAUCUCUCAUCAUAAUGCCGAACUGUCAGUUGUUCAGUGCUUGUGUUCAUACCUUUUUUAAUGAAAAAAAAAGGAAUUGUAAUUAAUUCAAUACAUGGAAAAAAAAUUUAUGUUUUAUAUGUCUUCCUUAUGGAAAUUUGCCCAGUGACUUGUUGGUGAUGCUAAAGAGAUGUAACAUGAGCGUGUUUGUUUACAUCAUGACUGCAUCAUCUUUGUCUGAGGCAGGGUAAAGAAAUGCUUGUUUGGCAACGUGAAUGCUGCCCUGUGCAUUAUGGUAAUCUCAUUUUGACAAAAUACAAAAUGUCACAGACAUUAGCUCUAGCUCCCAAAAUGAGACCCAUAUGUGGAUGAUAUAAAACAAUAACAAUAGCAGAAAACUAUAACAAUAACAACAAUAACUGCUAAUUAUAUUUAUACAGACUAUUAAUGCCAGUUGUGAGAAUACUGUGUUAAAACACACCAUUUGAUAUUGGCUUAAUAUUCAUUUAAUUAAUUUGUGUACAUUCAGUGUAUAUACUGCAUUUACUAGUUUUUGGUUAGACACUGUUGGAGACUUGGUUGAUGUGUUUGCAAAAUACUGUAUUUUCUAAUCAAUAAAGUCUAUAUGUUCAUAUAUCCUGAGAUAUACCCUGCAAUAAAAUACUGUGGAGGAAGUUGGAAAAAGACACCAAAAACACUUCUUCCAAAGUCUAAAUUCAAUGGUGUAAGGUCAAUGGCGGCUGACUUUCUUUCUCUCAGCUGUAGUAUAAGUAUGUUUAAUUAAAGUUUCAAUGUUUAUUCUUGUCUGUCCUAGAAAUUUGUACCGCUAGAUGGCAGCAUGAAACUUCUAAUUUCUUCUGCAGUGAUACUGAUAGAUAGCACAUUUUGCUAUACUGUAAAUAAACUCAUAAACUCCCUCAUCAGUCUGAGGCCUCUGCUGCCUUAGGCUCUGUGAAUCAUUCCUUCACUUCUUUCAAAAUAAAAUGGACUCAGUCUUUUUUGUACCAACAUA